UCAGGUACCUCCACGUAUGAUAAUUGAACAACCCGUCUUCGCAGCUUGCCUUACCAAAAACGUCAAGACUCCAGUACUUUUAGUUCUAUUUUUUUGGAUGUUUGGCUGUUUAGCCUUCAAUACAAUUUACAAAUCCAGCUUAUCUAGUCAAAUUAUACAUCCACCAGUUGAGAAAUACAGAAAUGUUUUCGAACUGGCAGAGCAAGGUUAUAAUAUUGGAAUGGAACAAGAAAAAACACCGUUUUUGGGUUUGAUAUUUGGUAGGAGGAAUUAUAGGAACAUGAAAGAGAAAUUCUUCAACAUAAGCAUUUUAUGUUCAGCAAUUCCUAGGGUAUUCAAUGAAAAAACAGCAAUUGCAGGUGAACAAUCUUUUUUACAACAUCAUUGUCAAACCAAUUACAAACAAAAUUAUGGUUUCGAAGUAAAUUAUACACCGGAACCCUUGUCUAUUGUAACGCACGGUUGGUUGUUCCGAAAAGGUGCUCCAUUUGUGGAAUCGUUCAACGAGAAUAUCAUGAGAAUUCAAGCAUCUGGUUUGAUGGAAAAAUGGUUGAGGGACAUCCUAUGGAAAAGAAAACAAUUCUUCAGGUCAAAUGAAAAGAACAUUGAACGUGUGAAACUCACUGAGUUCACCUCUCACUUCACUCUAUAUACUAUCGGAAUCAGCAUAUCUAUCUUAGCAUUUUUGUACGAGCAUAUUAAAUAUAACAUCAAAAAGAGAAAUAAAUGUAAAUCAAGUAAAAUUUAAAAUACUCACAUAGAAUAAAAUGAAAACUUGCAGUUA